AUGCCGCUCGAACGCUCUACAGACCCUCUGGUCUGGAUAGACUGCGAGAUGACCGGUCUCAACCCCGAAACAGACACUAUCCUCCAGAUCUGCUGCUAUAUAACCGACGCCAACCUCAACCUCCUCGACCGGGAAGGCUUCGAAACCAUCAUCCACCACGACCGCUCCGUCCUCGACUCCAUGUCGCCGUGGUGCGUCGACACCCACGGUCGCACGGGGCUCACCGCCGCGGUCCUCGCAUCCACGACCAACCCCGCCGCCGCGGCGGAGUCCUUGCUCGCCUACAUCCAGCGAUACGUGCCUCGUCCGCGCACGGCGCUGCUGGCGGGCAACAGCGUGCACGCCGACAAGAUGUUCCUCGCGAAGGAACCGUAUAAGGCUGUGCUGGAGUGGCUGCAUUAUCGGAUUCUGGAUGUGAGUGCGUUCAAGGAGGCGGCUAGGCGGUGGGGUGGUGAGACAUUGUUAAGGGAGGUGCCGCCCAAGAAGGAGGUGCAUCUCGCGAGGGAGGAUAUCUUGGAGAGUAUUGAGGAGAUGAAGUUCUAUAAGGAGAGGUUGUUUAGGGAGUAG